UUUCGGACUACAACGUUGCACCUUACGUCAAAAAAGUUGUUUACGAUUCCACGACCUUAUUGUGUGAUCAUUUCUUAAACUCUCGAUAAAAUGCGAUAAAAAUGAUGAAUGAAGAAGAUCAAGACGAAUUAUCUCUUGUGGAAGAGCGUCCAUCAAGUAGUAAUCUUGAGUUAGAGUACGAUACAGACGCCAGUUCUGAAUCGGAUAGUUCUGACAAGGAGGUUGUCUCCCCAUUGGCUGUUGGGUCUGCAAAACCGGUCAAAGGAGAAGCAUUCUGUGACUGUUAUAAAACAGGAAGGGAGAAAGAAUGUAUUUGUGGGGAAGAUGAUUCUUAUUUUGAAUGGAAAUGGGAUAAUAAUUCCAAGUCUGCAGCCAGCUUCUUAAAGCAUGAUCAGCGUGAAGUUGUGUUCCAUGUGGAUUAUAGCUGUGGCACAGCAGCGGUACGAGGCAGUCAGCUCAUGGGGGAGGAUCAGUAUUACUGGGAGGUCAAGAUGACCACACCUGUGUAUGGCACAGAUAUGAUGGUUGGUGUAGGUACAGUUGAUUUAGAUCUGAACAAAUACCGUCACAAGUUUUGUAGUCUUGUUGGGCGAGACGGGGACAGCUGGGGAUUGUCGUACACAGGUAUGCUGCAUCACAAAGGUCAUAAACAGACGUAUGCAUCAAAGUUCGGGCAAGGAACCAUUAUUGGAGUUCAUCUUGAUAUGUGGCAUGGGACAGUCUCAUUUUAUAAAAAUAGAAAACCUCUUGGUAUAGCAUAUAGAGGCUUGCAAGGGAAACAACUCUACCCAGUGGUGUCUUCUACAGCAGCUAGGAGUGGAAUGAAAGUGAUAAAAUGUCGUUCAUUUAAGACUUCACUACAGUUUAUGUGUUGUCAAGUGUUAAGGACAGUGAUACCUGCACAUUUAGAUGUACUCAAAGUGAUAGACAUGCCACCAGGCUUACGAGAGUUUCUAGAGAAUAACAUUAGCUGGCUAUUACAGCCAAGCCCGUUUGAAACUCCAACCAAAAGUAGCACAGAAAUGACCAGUUAUGCUAGGGGUACAAAGAGAAGACAUUCACAAGAUGAUUAUGAUGGUCCAUCCACCAGUAAAUGUGCAAGAUAACCUUUUCAUUGGAAGUAAUUAUAUCAGUGUUGAAAUUCUCAUUGAUGGGAGUGAAAAAUAGAUAUAUUCAUUUUGAAUUGCCAAUAAUCAGGAGCAUUCCAUUUCCUGGAUAGUGAUAUUGCAGGCUCAGAGGCAAGGCAAUUCAGCAUAAAGCAAAUUUAUUUUAAAAGUAUGUAGGGCUUACAUACCAGUAUUGAAAGUUUUUAGUCUUGGUAUGUUUUAAUCAUAACAGAAAACUGUGUGAUUAAUUUGUGAAAUUUUGUGUAAGAAUAAAGAAGGCUGUUGUACUCAACCUGGCAAAAAUUGCCAUUGCUGUUGCCUUUGAAAAGUGUUACGGCACUGUUCUUAUUUUAUUAAAUCAUCUUCUUCACUUCUGUCCCUAUUAUCAUCAAUUCUCAUGUGGGUUUGGACUUUGUAAGGAGCAAAAAUAUACUUAUCGAUUGGUUUAGACAUAGAAACGCCAAACGUCAAGGUCACUGUCACAGUGUGGUCAAAUAUUUUGUAAUGCUUUUAACUUUUACAGCUAUGCUGUCUCUUUGACAGUAACGUCUUCAUUACAUGUACCUCCCUUAACAUCAGCAAACUUCACCUGAGGAUUUGUCUUGGUGGUACAUAAAGAAGACUUGGAUAAGUGAUCCCAAAUGUUAUGGUCACUGGGUAUAGUUUCUCCAUCAAAAUAUGUUUUGUCAUCCUUCUUUUAUCACUUUCUAAUGUUACCUCAUACCAGCAUAAAAAAUUUCUAGAGGCCAUAUUUUUCUGUAUGAAAGUUGGUCAGAAUGUUCAUCUUGAUGAUAUCUAGGUCAAGUUUGAAACUGGGUCAAUUGCAGUCAAAAACUAGGUCAGUAGGUCUAAAAAUAGAAAAACCUUUCGACCUCUCUAGAGGCCCUAUUUUUCAAUGGAUCUUCAUGAAAAUUGGUCUGAAUGUUCACCUUGAUGAUAUCUAGGUCAAGUUUGAAACUGGGUCACAUGCGAUCAAAAACUAGGUCAGUAGGUAUAAAAAUAGAAAAAAACCUUGUGACCUCUCUAGAGGCCAUAUUUUUCAUGAGAUCUUCAUAAAAAUUGGUGAGAAUGUUCACCUUGAUGAUAUCUAGGUCAGGUUCAAAACUGGGUCACAUUCCUUCAAAAACUAGGUCAUUAGGUCAGAUAAUAGAAAAACCUUGUGACCUCUCUAGAGGCCAUAUUUUUCAAUGGAUCUUCAUGAAAAUUGGUCAGAAUUUUUAUCUUGAUGAUAUCUAGGUCAAGUUUAAAACUGGGUUACAUGAGCUCCAAAACUAGGUCACUAUGUCCAAUAAUAGAAAAAAAAACGAUGUUAUACUCAGUUUAAAACUGGGUCAUGUGGGGACAGGUGAGCGAUUCAGGACCAUCAUGGUCCUCUUGUUUAGCUCACCUAAACUAAAGGUUCAGAGUGGGCUGAAAGUAUAAGUGGAUGGUCAGUCUAUCAUUGUCAACAGUUUCACUUUAACAUUUCCUCUAAAGCAACUGGUCAGAAUUAUAAUGGACUUGGUCUGUUUCAUCAUUGCAUGGGCUUUUCUGAAGUUUGUUCAGUUGUUCUACUUGACUGCAUUUAUUGUCAACUGCAGCUAAAACUAGACCUUUAAAGAAUUCUUCAUGAACUGCUUUAUGGAUCUUCAAAUUUGCCAGUAGCAUCCUUUGAUAAACCUUUCCAGUUUGGUCAAAUGGUUUCACUUGACUUUUGCCAGCACAGAAUAUAUGAAAUCUUAACAGUGCCUGCUCAUAAAUUGCUUGAAGGGUGCUCAGGAAAUUUUUUAAAGGGAAGGUCAUGUGAUCGACAAAUGCUAUCAUGGUUUCUUGUAUUGUUAAACUGAUUUUAGUUUUAUGCAGGAUGUUUCAGUGUUGGUUUAAGGAUCGAAUAUUUGUCAAAUAUUAGUUGACUCUGAUUGCUGUUUCAUUUUGUUUGAAUUGCUUUACCUGGCUUCCAGGAGAAUGAAUUUUGGUCCUCAAAAGUGAUGAACUUAAUAUAAAUGAUACACUUGAUGGAUGUGAAAAUUAUCAAGAUAUUGAAAGUGUAGCAAGCUUGAACACCUUUACAUUAAAUUCCGGAGAAAAAAUUGUGAAAAUGGCAGUUGAGAUUGUUAGAGAGUAAUAAUAAUUGUAUGUAAUUAUUAGCUCCACUAUUCUGAGAAUAGGCGGGGGGUGGGGGGGGGGGGGGGGGGCUAUUCUACUCGUCCCGGCAUUGGCGUGAGCUUUCUUGGUUAAAGUUUUUCGGCAACCUUUGUUUUUCUGUCAUAUCUUUGUUACUAUUGCUUGUAUCUGACUGUUAGUUCACAUUAACAUUGUCCAGCAUACAAAGAAAGUAUGUGCAGGGGCUAGGCCCUUUAUACCCAAGAUCAAGGUCACCAAGGUGUUAUAUAUAGGUAUUUUUAAGGUUAAAGUUUUUCGGCAGCCUUUGUUUUUCUGUCAUAUCUUUGUUACUAUUGCUUAUAUCUUACUGUAAGUUCAUAUAAAAAUUGUCCAGCAUACAAACAAAGUAUGUGCAGCGGCUGGGCCAAUUAUACCCAAGGUCAAGGUCACAAAAUUAUUAUACUUGGAAUUAUUUUCAUGUUAAAUUUUUUUCAAAAGCUUUGUUUAUAGACAUACCUUCGGUACAUUAAAAGAUAAUGACUUGAAAUUAGAAAUGUUUUUUUUUAUAAUCAUCAUCUGCAUGUGUGGUUACAAUCCCCAUAACUCUUAUUGUGUUUUUGACAGAAUUAUGCCCCUUUCAUACUUAAAGUUUUUGGCUGUCUUCGCUUUCUGGAUAUUACUUCAGCACAAUAUUAGAUAAAGACUUGAAACUUAAAAUGUAUCUUUAUCAUCAUCAUCUGUAUGUGUGGUAACAAUACCCAUAACUCUGAUUUGUAUUUUUGACCAAAUUAUGCCCCUUUCAUACUUAAUUUUUUUGACAAAUUUCGUUUUCUGGACAUAACUUUGUUACUAUAUAAGAUAAUGACUUGAAACUCAAUAUAUAUAUUUACCAUCAUCAUCUGCAUGUGUGGUAACAAUGCCAAUAACUCUUAAGUUGUGUUCUUGACAGAAUUGUGCCCCUUGGUGUAUCUUUUAAAGUAGAGGUCUCUUAUUGAGACAUAUAUUCAUUUAACUGUAAAGUCGCCGAAUAGUGGAACCCGCUGUCUUACGGACAGCUCUUGUUUUACUUUUUGCUUUAAAAUGAGUCUCACUGUUGUUGCCAAGGGAGAGGUUUUAAAUUAAUUUUAUUAAUUGAUAGUAGGAUUUGAAAGAGGUUUGCCUAAAUAGCAAAUGUUAAACAAAAAAAACAAAGACACAGAGGAGGCUUUUGAAAUGUUAUACAUGAAUUGAAUAUUUGCUUGCAUUUGUUGGUGCUUAUUAUACGUCCGAAGGGAGCGUAUUAUGUUACGACGCUGGUGUCCGUCUUCGUGUCCACUCUGUAACUCCUGAACUCCUUGAAGGAUUUUGAAGAAACUUGACACUAAUGUUCACCACAUCAAGAGUUCAGAGUGCAUGUUUUGGAUGGCUCGCUUCAAGGUCAAGGUCACACUUGGGGUCAAAGAUCAUAUGACUUUAUUUUGUGUUCUCUCUGUAACUCUUGAAAUGCUUGAAGGAUUUUAAAGAAACUCGGCACAAAUGCUCACCACAUCGAAACAUCAUGCUGAGCGCAUGUUUCGGAUGGCUUGCUUCAAGGUCAAGGUCACAAUUAAUAUAUUGCUCUGCAUUGUGGUGCUCUUGUUAACUGAUUUUUCAAUAAUUGCAGAUUAUAGAGAUAAUUUAUUCUUUUAUAAACUUUUGAUCAUCUUGGCAGAUACCUUACUUUCUUAAUAUAAGAGCUUAUCUGACAUUUAUUGCCUUUCUUGUUGCCAGCUUUUUAUUAGUUGAACUUCAUUUUCUCAGCAGUUUCCAUUUAAUAUUUCACCAACUUGAUUUGAAGUAUCCAUUAAUUUAUCUUUGUCAUGUUUCAUGAAAUGAUUUUGCUCUUGUACACAAAAACUUUUAUAACAGCUUAAAAUGGUAACAUUACAGUUCAGUAUUGGGAAUAUGGUUUCACUUGAUCAGACUGUCCAUCAGAGCCUUAACCAGAAUUUUAGCUUUUACUGAAUUGAAUUUUACAGUCAAAAACAAGCUUUUUUUUCAAAAUUCUUUUCAAAAUGCUUAAGUUAGUGACUUCAGGCCAAUUUUACUCUUGAUUUUUUUGUGCACUGCAGUUUCUUCACUGGAUGGGACUUACAAUUUGCCACCCAGUCCAUCAGUCACACAAAGCAUUAAAAGACCCUUGAUAACCAUAAAGAUAUUACUUUCAUGAAACUUGGUAUAUGUAUAGAACAUGUGUAUCUUUCUAUUUUACUGCUAUUUCAAUAAAACAAAAAAAAAUGUAUAAUGUGAAUCCUGCGUAUUGUGACUUCCAUGUAGGAUAAUAACAAUGCUUAAAUAUAAUUUCAAGGAAAAUGUAUUCUCAAUUACUGUGCUGCACUGUGCAGAAGAGUAGGGAUAUUGUUUUGUUCAUAUUGGUUGGUCUGUCUGUCUGUUCGUUGAUCCAUCUGUUUGAACAAUUACUAGAGUCAAUUGUUAGUAUUUAUAGUUAUAACUGCCUAUGGUUGGUAGAUGGCCCCUAUUGCUUUAGGACUCGGUAUGUCACAGAUCACAGGUAAUAGUGACAUUGGGGAUGAAAUGUCUGAAGACUGUGCAUACAAUGGUCAGAUUUCAUAGGAUGGUUGCAUAAGGUUACUAGAUGACACCUAUCAUUUUGGGGUCAGCAUGUCAAAGGUCAAGGUCACAGUGAAGAUUUUUUUUGAUAACUUCAGGUCUGUCAAACUCCUUAGUGGCAUUGCCUGUGGUCAGUAAAUGACCCAUAUUGAUUAGAGGUGGGGUACAUCAGAACAACAAUAAUGGUUUCUUAUUGUUAGCAGGGGAAUGCUUAUUUAUGUUUAGAAGAUGCUGCAAGUUGUUUUUAUGCCAUUUGAUGAAAGGUCAAGGUUACAGCAUACUUGAGAUUGAAAAUUCCAGAUAGGGGCAAGAUAAUAAGUACAUUUAAUCCUUAAGCUUACCUUCUUAUUGAAUUCAUCCUGUGCAAUAACAUUACAAUUGACCUCAUUCAGAAGAAAUGUUAAUUCAAGGGACAUGAUUUCAUCAAUAUCUUUUCUGUAUGAGAGAAUGUCACUUGUUAAAAUAUAGGGUAACACAUUUCUUAUUGUAAUAUUGGCUACUGUAAAUGUCAUGCAUAGAAUUCAAGUCCAAUGACAGUUUUAUUGUUUUUAACACAUUUUAUAAAUUUAUGUUUUUAUAAUUGAAUGUGUUGCGAACUUGUUAUGAUAUACACAUCUGUUUUGAAUGAUUAAAGUUGAAUUGAAAGGAAA